GGCUGACCCAGCUGAUUGUAAGUGGUCAGUUGUUUUAGAAGGUAAAAGAAGGAUACUUGGCAUUGAAGAUGUGGUGGACGAGGAAGAAUAUGAUGAGCAAUUUAAUGAGUCACCACCUUCCGUUUGGAGCAUCCUUCCAAUAGUCGAUGAUUUUGACACAACGUUGAAACGAAAAGAUCAUAAUGAAGGAUUUUAUGUCGCAAAAGAGAAGAAUGAAGUAGGUAUAAAUUCUAUGAUUUUUUUUUCCAAUAUUUGUUAGUAAUUGCAUAAAUUGCUUAUUAUUGUUAUGUGUUCAAGUUUAUAAUUUAAAAAUGAUAUAAAUCGAUGUCUUAAUAUAUUUAUGUCUUUUUUUUUCAGGUAAGUAAUAAUGGAGGAUGAGGAUUUGCAUAAUCGUUCCAUGCCUUUGCAAAGUGAGGAAGAUGAGUCACACAAUCAAUCACAAUCAGAGCAACAAACAACCGACUCUCAAAAGAAGAAAAAAAAGCCAAGAGGUCCUUCAAAGGGCCUAAAAUCCAUACCUGGGGUUCCUAGAGUGCUUGAAUGGGAUGAAUUGUGUCGACCCAUUGGAAAGUGGGCAAAAGCAUACAAAAUUCAUGUUGGUGAAAUAAGUCGUGCAAAGGUGUCUAUAUUGUAUAAAGAUUGGAAUCAAGUUCCACAAGGAAUAAAAGACACUUUGUGGGAAGAUGUUAAGAGAGAGUUUCAAAUCGAAGAAGAUGAAGACAAGAAAAAAAAGGUCCUACACACUUGUGAUAAAACUUGGAGAGAUUUCAAAACAAAAUUGGUCAGUGGUUGGAUCACAUGUACCAGGAAUAUGCCGAAGGAGAAAAGAAUGUCGUAUGUACUCUAUGAUUUCAUAUCUGAGGAUAUGUGGAAAACAUUUGUGGAGGAGCAUACUACAGAUGAUUUUAAGGUUUGUGUGUAUUAAUAUCAAUGAUCAUGCGGGUUAUUAAUACUUUGUUAACGGAUUCUUAUGUACUAAUCUUCAUUUAUGCUCGUGAAAAUAGGAAAUUAGUGAGAAGGCAAGACAAAGCCAGUCUUUCAACGAAUACCCUCACCAUUUAGGAGCCAAAUCAUAUGGUGAAAUGAAUAUUGUAUGGCGUAGAAAAGGGUAUAUUCCCACGACAUCUUCAGCAUCCAGUACUUCAUCUUGUUCUUCGGUUGUGUCUAGUUUGCCGGAUAGGACAUAUGCUUAGCUUCUAGCAAGAUCAAUAGAAGAUGAUAAGGGAAAUCCUUAUUUGCCGGAUGAGAAAACAAGAGAGCUGAAAGAAUCCAUUGUAAGUAUAUAAUAAGUAUAUGUAAUAAGUCUUUAUUUCAAUUUUGAAUAUAUUUUGUUAAGUUUAUGUAUUGCAACCAAAGUUUUCUAACUUGAAGUCAUUGUGUAGGAUAAUUGGAGAAAGCAACAAGCUGAAGGAAACUUUGUUCCUAAUAGGCAUGAUGAUAUCUUAUCUCGUGCCCUUGGGAAAAAUGAUCGUAAUGGUCGGGCAAUAGCAUUUGGCAGUGGAAUUGGCAUUAAAGCUGUAUGGGGAUCCGGAAAGAGGCGUAGUGGCCGACGGGGUAGGGAAUUCGGAGAUGAUGAGCUGGAAGAAUUAGAGGCAAGAGUAGCCCGGAGGGUACGAGAGGAGACUAUGCAGGAGAUGGAUUCUAAAAUGGAUUCCAUGGUUCAAGAGAAGUUUAUGUUAUUUGCUAAACAGAUUGGUAUUCAAAUUCCAACUGAAAUGAUAGAAAUGAAUAACAUAGGCCGGACGACUCAACAAAAUCCUAGUAGUUGCCAAUCAGUGGGUGAUGAUCCAUUUGCAAACAUACAUGUAUCCAACACUUUGUUAUUUUAUAUUUUGUAUCUUUUUUUUUAAUGAUUUAUGACUGCGACAUACUUUUAACUUUGUAACUCAGUUUUCUAUAUUUUUUAAUUAUGAUUUUUUUCUAUCUUUAUAAGGAACCGGUUCCUUGUCGGCUAUCAUUGUUGAAAAAUGACUCUGAGAAAGUCAUUGUAGCUGAAGGUACAUAUCAUCCGGAGUUAAUCCUUGAUCAUCAUAGUAACCUCCUUCCGGAUCACGUGAGGGUGAGUGUUGAUGAUUUUUUUGACGAGUUCAAAGAAUUCUCGGUUCCAGUUCCUU